CGAGGCAUUCUCACUGAAAUGAGUUUUCGCUACGGACAGAGUUACCCAGCACCAGGGAACUACCCAACCCAGCACCCUCCUCCAGGGGGCCAGGCACCGCCAGGGGCCCCGUAUGGAGGGGGUAUGCCUCCUGGGGGUCCCUAUGGGCAGUAUAGGGGCUCUGCUCCGCCGGGCUAUGCACCAUAUGGGGGAGCAGCGCCCCCUGGUGGACAGUAUCCUGGAGGCCCUGCACCCGGUGCUCCCCAUGGGGCCUAUGGUCCCCCUGGAUCAGGGGGCCAGUUCGGAGGAGGUGGGGGGGCCCCUGGCGCUCCCUAUGGAGGUGCGGCCCCUGCCGGGGCGAACUUUGGGGGGCAAGCUCCCGGCGCCCCUUAUGGUGGAUACGGCCAACCACAAGGAGGUCCAUAUGGGCAGCAGGCUCCAGCAGGUAACAUCCCUCCAGGUGUGAACCCGGAGGCCUUCCAGUGGUUUCAGUCUGUGGACUCGGACCACAGCGGCUCCAUCUCCAUGAAGGAGCUGAAACAGGCUCUCGUCAACUCCAACUCCUCUGCCUUCUCUGACGAGACCUGUCUCAUGAUGAUGAACAUGUUUGACAAGACCAGGUCGGGCCGUAUGGACUUGUUUGGCUUCUCUGCACUUUGGACCUUCCUGCAGCAGUGGAGGAACAUGUUUCAGCAGUUUGACCGCGACCGAUCUGGGUCCAUCAGCGGCAACGAGCUGCACCAGGCUCUAGGGCAGAUGGGGUACAACCUGAGCCCCCAGUUCACGGAGAGCCUGGUGCGGCAGUUCUCGGCCCGCAGGGUUCCGGGGGCCAUGCAGCUGGACCGCUUCAUCCAGGUGUGCACACAGCUGCAGAGCAUGACCCAGGCCUUCCGCGAGAAGGACACCGGCAUGACCGGCAACGUGCGUAUGAGCUACGAGGACUUCCUGACCAGCGCCAUCCUCAGGCUCAUGUGAGGGAGGACACCCCGCCCACCAUCACUCUUACUCUAGGACAGUUGGGUAGGUGCAUGUGCACACCUCUCCCUACCUCCUCUGUGAAGCAGGACCAAAGAAAGGUGAAACAAGAGCCUACAUUGGAAACAUGCAAUCACACAUACACACUCAUAUGCGUGGAUACACACACACUCACACUGACACAGAUGCAAACAUGCAUACUCACACGUUGGUGCUCACAUACACGCAUCCACAGACACACCCUCUCACAUAGACAGACACACACUCCCCCACACACAGAACAACGCACUCCCACACUCAUCCUUAUACACCAAUACAUGCUCACUCCCUCUCUUUAUCUGCCCCUGUUUCACACAUGCACACACGCACUCACACACACACACACACACGGGCACGCGCACUCACAUAGACAUGGAAAGUAACUCACAUACAAGAACGUAUUCACUCUUUGUCUCUCCCUUUCCCUCCCUCAC